AUGUCUACAGAUCCGCCUACAGCGGGUGUACCCAAAGCAGAGGGGCCAACCAUUGACGUGGACGCCAAACCCGACACAAGCGCCCGACGUGCCUCCGGUACCUCUAGGCGGUCGCGUCGUAAGAAGGAUGACGAACCCGACGCAAAACUAGCCAAGAAAAAUAAAGAACCCAAGGAAUCCAAGGAACCUAAAGAAAUCAAGGAGAAACCGGCCCGCGCUCCUCGUCGCCCUCGAGAAAAAUCAACUGGUACAAUCAGCUCGCGCAAAAAACCCAAGCUGGAGCCCGCGGAAGAAACUACAAGGGCUCCUGCGCCGGACGCCCAAGGCCCUCCAACCCUGUCAGCGCCUCAAUCCCAGCCUACCCACCCUACUCAGUCUAUCCAGCCGGCUCAACCUCCCUCUUAUUCUCAAAGCCCACACCCUCCUACAGCGCCCAGUGGGAUAUACCAGCUGUCACAACCACUGCAGCCCCCACGUCCGCAAUCGCAAACCCCAGUACCUCAACCCUUGCAACCUCAAAGAACAAGUGGACAAAACUUCGAUCCAAUUCGCUCUGCAUUCGACAAUCCAUCUCCAGCUCCCGCAUAUAGUCCUUCUGCUCGCGCGUUGUCACCACGCAAUGGUUAUCGCGCUAGCGCAUCACCGGCGAUUUCCAGCAUCAUCGAUCCGCCUAACCAGAACCAUCAUGUCUACACCCCGCUUGCACGAUCUACCUCUGGACAUGUUUCCGGAGUCUCCUCGCCGGUGCCGCCUAUGAUGGCUCCCACGCCCUCUCACCCAUCCUUGGCGCCAUCGCCUCUUCCCGCAUCGUCUCCCUCCCACGCAGCGAUGCACACUCCACAGCCAAUGUCAUAUUCCAACCACUACACUACACCGUAUCCCCCUACCGAGCAACGGCCACCUCCCUCACAGGCUCCUAAGCCCGAAUUAUCUCCACCAACAACCCGUCAACCUCAACCUCUUGCGCAAUCGGAACCUAUCAUACAGCCGACUCCUCCUCGACAAUUCCAAGCAGUGGAAGCCGAGCCAACGGACCCACCAAAAGAGCAAUCGGCCCCGAGCGCCAAGAAAGAAAAGGGCGCAGCUACGCCGGCAUCAAAAGCACCAUCUCCCAAGCCCGCCCGACCUGCCAAGGAAACGCCUCAUCUACCUCAAGGCUCUGGCCUGAUCACCAAUGCACUGUUUGGUGGGGUCGAUGAAUCGGCCAAGUCCCCAGACUCACGAAGCACGCCCAAUAUCAUCGUCCACGUCCCGCUGAACAAGGGUAACCAGAUUGUCAACUUUGCGCGACUCGCAGAAGAGCAGUAUGGCUUUGCUGCUUUGCAUCCUCGUCUGGCUGCACAUAAAGCACGCCUGGCUCGGGUAGCAGCAGCUGGAGCCGCUUUGGAGAAGACCGACAAGAACGCUAAGGGAAUCUCUGCAGGCGAGAGCGCUGAUGAGGAUCUGAGCAUGGAUGCUGGUGGUGAUAGUGACGUGGAUGGUGAUGUUGCUAUGGGUGGUACCGGUGCAGGAACCAAUGGUGCGCCAUCUGAGGCAAGUGAUGGAAAGAAAAAGCGCCGCAAGAAGGUUGAAGAAUACGACCGUGAUGACCCAUUCGUCGACGACAGCGAGAUGGUGUGGCAGGAGCAGGCAGCUGCCAGUAAGGAUGGGUUCUUCGUCUACAGUGGACCCUUGGUGCCAGACGGCGAGAAGAUCCAGGUGGAACGAGCCGACGGUACAAUCAAACGUGGUCGUGGGCGCGGCCGAGGAACAGGCCGGAGCCGCGCUUUGGUCUCACACCCGCAUGUUCCAAUUGCCGCGGCUGUGCCUAUAUCUCAAGAUACUGGCCUGCCAUUGCGUGGCCCUGGCUCUCGAGGCGGCACAUCGCGUCGCCCGCGAGGCAAUAAGAAGACUGAGGGCGAGAAGCACACCACUGAGAAGAACGGAUCAACUGCCUCGCCCGUUACUGAAAGCCGUGGCGGUCGUGGCGGUGCUUCAGCCUCUGGCCGUGGCGGAAGCAAUAGCACUCGAGGCGGAAAGUCCUCUUCAGCCUCAGCUUCGACUUCGACCCCGGGACCGACACCUGACCUCGCUCCUACCCCUGCACCCUCGACCCCGCAUAUUGUUCCUGCACCACCUGGUCCUAGUCCUCUAGCUGGCCCUGAGCUGAUGAUGAAAUAG